AUGCUAGCACAGCACAACCCUGUCGUCAUCAUCCCGGGAGGGCCAGGAUUGCCCCACGACUACCUCGAGACGCUGGAGGGGGCGGCGAUGGAGGACCGCGUGGUACUGCUCUUCGACCCCGUGGGCACGGGCAACUCGUCGGCCCUUCCGUCCGUCGACGCCGCGGCGGACUCGCCCAACCUUCUUGGCACUGCGUCCCUCGUCGCGCAGACCCGUGCGGUCGUUGACUUCUUCAAGGUCAACGCGUUCCAUGUGCUAGGACACGGCACGGGCGCAGAGGCCGCCCUAGAGCUCGGCAGGAGCUUGGGCAAGGCCUCCCCCCGCCCCCCGGGGCCUGAGCCAGAAGCGAUCCUGUCGGUGAUCCUGGCCAGCCCGGUGUUGGGCGAAAACGAGCUGUCGCCUGACUUCCUAGAAGCGCUCAGGACUCCUUACAUCAAGGAUGGGAACGAGCCUCCUCUGUGUCUUGAAACCGCGAUGGCCGGCCGGAGCUCGGACGGGUUCGCCGGGGGGGUCGCUGCGAUGAACCAAGACAGGAGGUCGAAGGGCUCGGCGGCAGCAGCAGCGGGACCGCUGGCGUGCCCGGUGCUCAUCACCUACGGGAAGCGGGAUGUCAUCGGCGACAAGACUGUCACUGGCAUCACGCAGGGGUUGUCGGGAGGGGACGCUCCCGUCGAGUCUAGGCGCUUCGAAGAGAGCGGCCACCUGGCGCAUCUGGACGAGAGAGAGGAGUACGUCUCGCUGGUGAAGAACUACGUGACCUUCAUCGACGACGCUUGGUCGGGCAAGAGCGGCGAGACCAAAAAAUGACCGACACAACAUAGCGCCACUAGCAAAGUAUUAGGUAGCCACUUGCGUCACUUGGUGUGCCCGCCUCCCGCCCUCGCACGCGCUGGUCCAUCGGUUUUUGCCGAGGGUUAGGGCCGGCGGCAAACGGGGGGGUGCUCGGAGCGCCUGUAACACAUGAUAAGGGGUUUCCUGUUGAUCUCUGGUUGGCAGCGCAAGUAGCCGCCGCGGCAUGCACCUGGUAUGUGGUAGUGUUGGCGCUGAUUUCGUGAUGAGUGUGGUAAGGGUUUCUAUUGUAGGGUUAUUCACAUGAGCAGUCCGUUCCCCGGCGUAGAGCGGGGUGAUGGGUUGGUUUCUACGUGGUGGGUUGGGUUUGAAUGCUCUAUUGGCGUAGGGGUGAUUUCGCACGGAGAGGUGCGCCGUGGAGGUUGCGGUUCUUCUAGGAGUCUGCCGUUCCCGAUGUUGGUGUAGGUGCGGCCGUCAAUUGGCACCGGGGUUGAUAUAUUAGAUAGUGCUGUAUUCAAUUUUACACCUCAUUAGCCACAGCAGUAGACGUGCCUUUCAUUUUUAUAUGACCAUAGACCAUUAGAGCCCUGUUAAUAGUGAGACUUUGAGCCUCUGCCCACACCCGACGGUUCUCAUCUCUGGGCCGCAAGUGCAACACAGCGGUCACAACGGGAACUCCCGCCCUUUUCUAUAUGCAUGACCUUCGUUGUGAUGGUGGUGGUGGUGAAAACAAGCAUAUACUACACAGAUCGCCACGGGUUCAUUUACUUGCGUCGUGAGUUCACGUUUUGCUCUGCGGCAGUUGUUUUGGACAGCAGCAGCAGCCUCCUAUGAUCGUGAUGCCUCGCUAGCAGGCGCUGAGCUUUGGGACUGGGGACGAGACUCUCUAUUCACACGAGAAACAUAAAAUAAACCUCCUCAACAGGUGGUCUUCCUCUCUACAGAAUUUAGUCACUCUAGCUUCCCCAACUGUAAAUUGGGGUUUCUGACGCGACUAAAAAAAUUAACGACUGAAUAUUUUGUGAUGUGAUGUGACAGAAUCAUAGUCUCUUCCGUUGGCGACGGCAUCAUAUGCAUGCCGAGAAACCAAGGGAACCAAAAUACAUCCAAAAGUGGAGGAUUUUAGGCAGCCCGGACCAUACAGGCCAAAGAAUGUUUGUCGGAGCACGAAGUGACUCUGUCAAGGGUUCUUGCUCAGAAACCCCGGGCAGUUGCGUCUUGGCCGUAACCGCGCGCGACUAUAGGCACGGAAGUCUUGCGGCUCACCUCGUUGAAGAAUCUGCAUUCAACGAAUUCAAUUGGGAAAGCAGCCGUGCCCCCCACGACAGUACAUCAACAACCUCAUGGUGUUUCUCCUACCCUCGCUUGACGAUCCGGACGAUGAACACAUCUGCUGACUUAAGUCUAUGCUCCCACCCCUCCAAUAUUCCACAUCUGCCUCUCUGAGAACUUUCAUACUCCCUCUGUCCGAGAAUAUAAGCAAGGUUUGGAAAUCCGGGAAUAUAAGCAAGGUUUGAAGAAUAUUGACGGAAACGUGCCAUUUGGGCACGGUGGACGUCGGACAACUUUGGCAAACGAUCACAUAUGACAUUGGAGAGAGAAAAAAAAAAAAUCCGCUCGAUGGGGGGGGGAUGGUGCGUUACCAUCCCCUGGUCCGGGAAAAGGCGGAAUUUUGGCAUACCCAGCGACAGGACGUAAUAUCUGUCCAGUGUGAUGAAAGUACUUCGAAGAGCUAGAAUUAGACAUAACGCCACUUUUUGGAUGAAAAAACAUGGAGCAUCACGAAAAGGGAGGGGAUGGUUAAUUAUCAUCCCCGUGUUCACGUCAUCAUAGAAAACCAACAUGACCCGCGCCCCGAACCUGCUGCCUGUUUCUGCGCCUGCCCAUCAGCCUCGGUAGCCAAACAACUCUACUCCAUGGCAGCCGUCUCCGUUUACACAGUCCGGCGAAACCGUAAUCGGCCGCCCCUUGCCCCACUGCAGCCGCUCCCUGCUACUUCUCGGUCACACGAUCUACUGCAUACUCCGGAGUACACCGCAACCACCUCAUUCUACGCCGCCCCUGGCCCCCCUGCAGCCCCCCCU